UAAAUUCAUGAAGAAGCAGUUUCUACUGAACAAGUUGAUCUUGCAAAUGAAAAUUAUCCCAAGUCAGUUGUUAGCAAUGGCACAGUGCAAACUGCUGAAGACAGCUUAUUGACUGAUUCAAACACCAUAAAGAACCAAGAGGAUGACCAUCUUUCUGAUAAGUCCAAGAAUGCUGAUACAUCAACUGUUGCUGGAGCUGCUAGAUUGGAAGCUGAGAAAAUGGUCAAUUCAGAUUCUAGGUCAGAGGAAAGUACCUUGGAAACAGGGAAGAAAUCUGAUUCAAAAUCAACAGAGCCUUCUGACUAUGUUAAUGUCAAUGAGAAGGAAGCUGAGACAUCACUGGACCCUAAAAAAGACUGCAAGGAUGACGGUGGUUCAAUGUGUGAUGAUAUGUCUGUUGAUGGGGAUGUAUCCUCUGAAAAUAAACAAGAGACAGAUGCUCAGCCUUCCUCACCAAAGUCAACUGAGGACUGUACUAACGUUGCUUCCGCAACACCAAGUGGGACUAUACCUGAUGAGAAUCAUUCCGGAAAGGCUGCAAAGCCAGAAAGAAAAGAGGGAUCGAGUGAGGAAACCAUGCCUUCUGUCGAUGAUGUCCCUAAGGUAUCUGAAGGGAUGAGUGAUUCAGAAGUAAAAACAGAUAGGCAAUCACGGAAAAAGGUUGCCACUGUGGCUUCCAACAAAGUUAAUGAUGCUGUUGAUGUAGAUAAAACUAAGAAAGUGGCUUUACAAGUGGUUUAGAGGCUAAAUCAAGGAUAAAUUCUUGCAGUAAAAAUUUAGAUGUGCCCUCUUCAAGGCAGCUGGAGGAUAAGAAAAGGCGAGCUCUGGGGAAAGUUAUUCCUGAGAAAGAUGGAACAAAAACAUCAACCAUGAAUGAUAAUGAGGAAGUGGUUGCUUCUCCAAAGUCAGUGAAGCCAAAUAAACAUGAUUCUCAUAUGGAGGAGAAUCCUAAGUUCAAAGAGAAAGCAUACCCCAAACAAAGAAAAAG